AUGGCCGUCCUCGAAGGCAAUGAAUCUGACCUCAUGCAAUUGUGGGGUUUAAUCACCCAGUUGGGUGAACAGCUCAGUCAGAAUCAACACAAGUCGGUUUCACUAUAUAGCCUGACUGGGAAGAUGAAGGCACAGGCCACCAACGUGAAGACGGGUUUCGUUCUUCGUCGGUUUAACACGGAUAAGACAAAAGAGGAAUACGAAAUGGAAUUGGAACGCAUGAACGCCACGAUGAUGACGGAAAAUUUAGGUUUACAACACGAUAACAAGCAGCUCAACGCUCUAAUUAAAGAUUUUGAACAAACGCUGGAGACCCUCAUGAGUACCUUUCGCAAUCGUGCCCGUGACGUUCAAGAACGCGAACUUUCAUUGAUUCGGGAAUAUGAAAGCAAAUUAAUUGCACGCGAGGAAGAGCAUAGCAAAGCAGAACUGCUCUCCAACACAGCUAUCUCUGCAUCCAUCGCUCACCUUUCUCAUCUGUUGCGGCAACUACUACGCUCCGUGGGUGGAGAAGAUGCUGAAUCGCCAGAUACCCGCAUCGAUGACGACGAAGAUCGAGAACCAUGGUCAGCGGUGACUGCUGCUGACUAUGCGCUGGAAAGAGAUAUUGAACUGGCUCGCCUCGAGAAGGAGAACGAAGAGCUGAAGAGAAUGAUGGGAUUGACGCCGCCACAACCUCGCCGUCCCAGUGCAGACCCCAUUCGUUCGAGUUCAGCAAUUGAAGUUCGACCUGUUGUGGAGGCCGUACGCGCCCCUGGUGUGCCGAAGCCUUUGGGCGUUCUCGGCCCAUUUGGGACUUACAAGCGAAUGCGUUCUCCAGGAUGA